GUCAUGUGAUCAGCUGUGUCCAAUCACAGCCGAUCACAUGGGACAUGUACAAUGAUCAUCAGGGCACUGAUGAUCAGUGUGCCCUGAUGAUCAGUGUGGCCCCAAAAGUGCCACCUGUCAGUGUCCAUCAGUGCCAGCAGCCAGUGCUGAACAGUGCCACAUCAAUGCCACAUAUCAGUGCCUACCAGUGCACAUCAAUGCCACAUAUCAGUGCCCAUCUGAGCUGCCUUUCAGUGUCAUCCAUCAGUGCCAGUCAGUGCCACCUAUCAGUGCUGCCGAUCAGGGCCGCCUAUCAGUGCCAGUCAGUGCCGCCUGUCAGUGUGCAUCAGUGCCAGUCAGUGCCACCUAUCAGUGCCAGUCAGUGCUGCCUAUCAUUGCCAUAUAUCAGU